CUAGUGUUGAUCCUCUCUCGUCACCUGAUUUGUAUACUUUCACGUUUCCUGGUAUUUGACACGAGAAGUUAUAUCCUUUUUGAGCCCUAUUAUUUGCUCGCACGCUUCGAGCAAGUAAGCAUUCAUUCAAGAUGUCGGAGCGAAGAAUGCCGCUGCUGCCGCGACAGAGGCAGCGGAGAAAGUUGACGGAAUGGGAGAAGCUAGGGAUCAACAUGCUCAAGACCCUGAUUGCCAUUCCCAUCGUGAUGCUCAUCGCUGCCCUGGUCUUGAUUGCAUGCGAGAUUAGUGACGGAGGUAAACAUUGGAACCCCAAGCCUAAGAACCCCCCGAAUGCUACCGUGACAGGGAUGCGUAAGGUGUCCCGGAUUGCCGGUAGGGGAAAGCUCGGUGACAUACCUGCGGGCCGGCCCUUUUACGACACGCCGCGCCCCCACCACGGCAUUGUGCCGUACGGGGGCCACGGGGUGAUACGGACUUGCCUCUACCCCGGCCAGGUGGCGCUGACCUUUGACGACGGCCCGUGGUACUGGACGGACCGCAUCUUGGACGAGCUAGCCAAGCACGAUGCCAAGGCGACCUUCUUCGUGACGGGAUACAACAAGAUGCUAGGGCGGCGGAUCGACGAGGAGGGGGGCUCGAUGUACGCGGAGAUGCUGCGGCGGAUGGUGUUCGAGGGGCACCAGGUCGGGUCGCACACGUGGACGCACCAGCACCUGGCGAACCUCAGCUCGGAGGAGCGGUUCAACGAGGUGCUGUACAACGAGGUGGCGCUCAACGGCAUCAUCAACAUGUUCCCGACGUACAUGCGGCCGCCGUUCGCGGAGUGGCGCGACCCGGGCCUGCAGCGGGACCUGGGCGCGCUCGGCUACCACGUCGUGCUGUACAACGUGGACACGAAGGACUACUCGCACAACUCGGAGGCCGAGAUCGAGGCGGCGGCGCGCACGUUCGACGACGCGGUCGACGGCCGCGGCAACGGGUCGUACGUGGUGCUGUGCCACGACAUCCGCGAGUGGACUGCGAAAGUGCUCGUGCCGCACAUGCUCUGGACGCUCGAGGACCGCGGGUACCGUGCCGUCACGCUCGGAGAGUGUCUUGGCGAUCCGCCGGAGAACUGGUACCGCGACCCGUCGAGGACUUGGACGGAGGCGGAGGGGGAGAUGGAGAUGGAGGGUUAGGGUUGGAGACGUGUAGCUGAGGGUGAGGAGG